AUGGCGAUUGUCCAUAAUCAAAUCCACGACUCGCUCUCGGCGCAGGCCCUUGCCUUUGCAAAGGCAAAUUUCCUACUCCUCAUAUUCGCCUCGGUUCUUGCUCGAGCCUUGUACAAACGCUAUGCUUCACCAUUACGGCACAUUCCAGGGCCUGUACUUGCGUCAUGCUCGCGAUUAUGGAAGGUUUGGAGCACAUAUUCAGGUCAUACGGAACUUGAUCAUAUUGCUCUGCACCAAAAAUAUGGACCUGUGGUGCGAACGGCCCCCAAUGAAGUAUCAUUUGGCUCAACAAAUGCUGCUAAGGACAUCUUUGCCGUGGGUAAAGGAUUCCACAAGACGAUGUUUUACAGCGUCUUCCCACCCAAGCAUGCGCCAGACAUUUUCACAGAAGUACGCGAAUGGAAGCACGCUCAGAUGAAACGUUAUGCAGUCACUCCUUACAGCCUGGCACAGAUGCAGAAAAGAUCUGAGCCAAUCGAGGGCAUGAUAAUGUCCCUAAUGGAACAUUUGACGAACUACUCAAUCAACUCCGGCAAAGUAUGCAAUCUGGGGAAUCUGCUACACUACUUUGCUUUUGACGUACUCGGAGAAGUUGCAUUUUCGAGAAGGUUUGGAUUCCUAGAAGCGGAAGUUGACGUUGAAGGCUCGAUCAAGAACAUUGAUGAUGUUCAGUGGUACGACGGGAUAGUUGGUCAAAUUCCCGAGUUUGACAUUUUGCUUCGAAACAACCCUUUGAGGCCGUAUCUACCUUUCUGGAAGCCAAAUCCAACUACCAUGACUCGUAUCGCAGUCGAAGAGCUCGAGAAGAGAAAGCAACCAGACGGGACAUUCGACUCGACCGGUAUUGAUCUCCUCGCAGAAUUACUCAGAGCACAUGAAGGAAAUUCUGAGAAGUUUAGUGUCAAUGACGUUUUCAGUAUUGCGCACGGUGCAGUGUUUGCUGGUUCAGACUCUACAGCUUCCACGAUGCAGUCUUUCUUUUAUCUGGUGCUUAACAACGCAUCCGUUUAUGCGAAUUUAACGGAGGAGAUCAAUAAAGCCCAGAAAGCUGGCGAGCUAUCGGAGAUAGUCACUUACGCUGAAGCCCAAAGGCUUGAAUACUUCCAAGCCUGCCUGAAGGAGGCAAUGCGAAUACGCCCUGCUGUUGGCCUGGGUAUCUACCGUAAUGUACCUCAAGAGGGAGUCGAGAUUGACGGCAAGUUCUAUCCUGGUGGCACCCAAGUCGCUGUGAAUGGUUGGGUCUUACAUCGGGACAAGACAGUAUUCGGAGACGAUGUUGAAGUAUACCGUCCAGAGAGGUGGUUUGAACGAGACGCCAAAUUCAUGGGAUCUCAUCUUUAUCAGUUCGGUGGCGGUAGUCAUCUUUGUAUUGGCCGCAAUCUUGCACUUUUUGAGAUGAACAAGGCGCUCAUCCAGAUCCUCCGCGAAUUUGAAAUCACGCUGGUGCAUCCAGGGCGGCCGUUACAGUAUCACUCGACCUUUUUCGUUGUUCAGGAAGGUCUCGAAGUCUACAUGAAGAAGCGAAGUCAGAAGUAA